CCUCGUGACGUACACGAGAGAAAAGCUUCUUUGGCCGCCGCGCGAGACAAGCAGAUUAUUAGUCCUCGCGCAGAGGCUGAGAGGAAGAGACGGUAACUCCUCGUCCCCCCCCCGGAGUCAGAGGAGGAGCAGCCUGUCUGUGCCCGCAGGAAGAAACUCCCCCUGCUUCGAGGAGAGCCUCUCAGUCCUCCGGAGGAAGAAGAGAAAGGAGUAAAAGUCAUGGACAAAGGAGGAGAAUUAAAAAGAAGUUUGCACCAACUCCAGUAAAGUCUCCCUUUGGGAAAGAAAAAAAAGAACCAACACCCGGACUCCUCGAGAAGAAGUGUCCGGAGAGGAAAGAGGAACAGGAUGGGGAUGGAUUUCAGCACUCUUCGGACCCUCAUCACCAGAUAUUGCACCGGUGAGGAGAACUGGGUGGACAGCAGGACGAUUUACAUCGGCCACAAGGAGCCUCCUUCGGGAACGGAGGCCUUCAUACAGCAACGAUUCCCCGACAACAGAAUAGUCUCCUCCAAGUACACAUUUUGGAACUUCGUCCCGAAGAAUAUGUUCGAGCAGUUCAGGAGAGUCGCCAACUUCUACUUCCUCAUCAUAUUUCUGGUUCAGUUGAUCAUCGACACUCCCACCAGUCCCAUCACCAGCGGGCUGCCGCUCUUCUUCGUCAUCACAGUCACCGCCAUCAAACAGGGCUACGAGGACUGGUUGAGACACAAAGCGGACAACUCUGUCAACCAGUGCCCCAUCCACGUGGUGCAGCACGGGAAAGUAGUCCGGAAACAAAGUCGCAAGCUCCGGGUCGGAGACGUCGUCUUCAUGAAAGAAAACGAGACUUUCCCCUGCGACCUCAUCCUCCUGUCUUCAUCUCGAGAUGACGGCACCUGCUUCGUUACUACAGCCAGUCUGGACGGAGAGAGCAGCCACAAGACAUACUACGCGGUCCAGGACACUAAAGCCUACAACACUGAGAAGGAGGUGGACUCCAUCCACGCUACUAUAGAAUGUGAACAACCGCAGCCGGACCUGUACAAAUUCGUGGGCCGUAUCAACGUCUACAUGGACAACGAGCCGGUGGCCAGGCCGUUAGGUUCCGAGAACCUGCUGCUCAGAGGGGCCACACUCAAGAACACAGAGUACAUCUAUGCGGUUGCCAUCUACACCGGUAUGGAAACCAAGAUGGCUCUCAACUACCAGUCCAAGACCCAGAAGCGGUCCGCAGUGGAAAAGUCGAUGAAUGCCUACCUGGUGGUCUACCUGUGCAUCCUCAUCAGCAAGGCGCUCAUCAACACGGUGCUGAAAUAUGCGUGGCAGGCCGACCCCAACAGAGACGAGCCCUGGUACAACGACCGGACGGAGCCAGAGAGACAGAGACACAUCGUGGUCAGGGCCUUCACAGACUUCCUGGCCUUCAUGGUGCUGUUCAACUACAUCAUCCCGGUCUCCAUGUACGUCACCGUGGAGAUGCAGAAGUUCCUGGGCUCCUAUUUCAUCAUGUGGGACGACGAGAUGUUCGACGAGGAGAUGGGCGAGCGGGCCGUGGUCAACACGUCGGACCUGAACGAGGAGCUGGGCCAGGUGGAGUACGUGUUCACGGACAAGACGGGGACUCUGACGGAGAACAACAUGGAGUUCAUCGAGUGCUGCGUGGACGGACACGUUUAUGUACCCGACGUGAUCUGUAACGGGCAGGUGAUGCCCGGUGCAACAACUAUGGACAUGAUUGACACAUCGCCAGGUCCUGGGGCUAGGGAGCACGAGGAGCUGUUUUUCCGGGCGCUGUGUUUGUGCCACACGGUGCAGGUGAAGGAGGAGGAGACGGUGGACGGGAUCAAGCACGGCAUCCACCAGGGCAAGUCCACCUCCUUCUACAUCUCCUCCUCUCCGGACGAGGUGGCGCUGGUGGAGGGCAUGAAGAGACUCGGGUUCACCUACCUCAGACUGAAAGACAGUCACAUGGAGAUCUUGAACAGGGAGGAUGAGAUUGAGAGGUUUCAGCUGCUGGAGGUUUUGACGUUCGACUCAGUCAGACGCAGGAUGAGCGUCAUUGUGAGGUCCAGCACAGGAGAGCUCUAUCUGUUCUGUAAAGGUGCGGACUCCGCCAUCUUCCCCAGGGUCGUAUCGGGCAAGGUGGAGCAGAUCAAAGCUCGGGUGGAGCACAACGCAGUGGAGGGUCUGAGGACACUCUGCGUCGCCUACCGGCCUCUGAGUCCCGAGCAGUACCAGGAGGUUUGCCACCUGCUGAACGGGGCCAAGCUGGCACUGCAGGACCGAGACAAACGGCUGGCCGAGGCCUACGACAUCAUCGAGAAAGACCUCAUCCUGCUGGGAGCCACUGCUGUGGAGGACAGGCUCCAGGAGAAAGCGGCCGACACCAUUGAGUCCCUCCACAAGGCGGGGAUGAAGGUGUGGGUGCUGACCGGCGAUAAGAUGGAGACGGCGGCCGCAACCUGCUACGCCAGCAAGCUGUUUCGCCGCAACACCCAGAUCCUGGAGCUGACCACCAAGCGCACCGAGGAGCAGAGCCUUCACGACGUCCUGUUUGACCUGAGCAGGACCGUGCUGAGGCAGCACGGAGGCAUGACCAGGGACUCCUUCUCUGGUUUAUCAGGCGACUGUACCGACUAUGGUCUGAUCAUCGAUGGAGCCACCCUCUCUGCCGUGAUGAGGCCCGCGCAGGAGGACUCCAACUCGGGGAACUACAAAGAGAUCUUCCUGGAAAUCUGCCGCAACUGCAGCGCCGUGCUCUGCUGUCGGAUGGCGCCGCUGCAGAAAGCCCAGAUUGUGAAGCUGAUCAAAGCCUCCAAGGAGCACCCGAUCACGCUGGCCAUCGGAGACGGAGCAAACGACGUCAGCAUGAUCCUGGAGGCCCACGUCGGCAUCGGCAUCAUGGGUAAGGAGGGUCGCCAGGCAGUGAGGAACAGCGACUACGCCAUCCCAAAGUUCAAACACCUCAAGAAGAUGCUGCUCGUCCACGGACACUAUUACUACAUACGCAUCUCUGAACUCGUGCAAUACUUCUUCUACAAGAAUGUCUGUUUCAUCUUCCCCCAGUUCCUCUACCAGUUCUUCUGCGGCUUCUCUCAACAGCCGCUGUACGAUACGGCCUACUUGACCCUGUACAACAUCAGCUUCACCUCGCUGCCCAUCCUGCUCUACAGUCUCAUCGAGCAGCACAUCCACAUGGACAUCCUGAGGAGGGACCCGUCUCUCUAUAGAGAUAUUGCGAAGAACUCGCUGCUGCGCUGGCCCAUCUUCAUAUAUUGGACGGUCCUGGGUGUGUAUGACGCCAUCGUGAUGUUCUUCGGGGUCUACUUCCUGUUCGACAACACCACCUUCACCAGCAACGGACAGAUGUUUGGAAACUGGACGUUCGGGACGCUCGUCUUCACCGUGCUGGUCUUCACCGUGACGUUCAAGUUGGCUCUCGAUACUCAUUACUGGACCUGGAUCAACCAUUUUGUCAUCUGGGGCUCGCUGAUUUUCUUUGUGGUCUUCUCCUUGCUGUGGGGAGGAAUCAUCUGGCCCUUCCUCAACUACCAGAGGAUGUACUAUGUCUUCAUGCAGAUGUUGUCCAGCGGUCCGGCCUGGCUCAGCAUAAUCCUUCUGAUAACAGCCAGUCUGCUGCCAGAUGUGUUGAAGAAGGUCAUCUGCAGGACGCUGUGGCCCACGACGACUGAACGCAUACAGAACGCUGAUAAACUCUACAAGGGCCAGCUGUCCGAGUUCACCCCCAUGGCGUCCCUCCACGCCCCGUCCAAGGCUGGCAGGCACCGGCGAGGCUCGGGCCACCAAAGGAACGCCCCGAACCCUCGAAGGUCUGCACCCUUUCACAAGAAAAUUAUGUUCACGCGCUGGCGGAGAACGCCAGACUACUGCACCUUCACCCCCCUCCUCCGAUUCGCCGACGGCUCCCGGGGGCACGCCGACGGCGGGACGGGGCCAGAGACCUCAGUCUAGUUUUAUUUCUGCCCGGUGUUUCCCUCUAUUCUCAUAUUCUGAUAUCGGAUACAAUAGCGUAUCCAUUUGGAGUUGAACUCGACAAAGGAGUAAUAUAACUAAUUGGCCCAGAAGCUAAAGAGUACCAACAAAAAAGUGACUCGAAACUAAUUUAUUUAUGUUCCUGGAGUCGAAUUACUGACUAUGCUGCUAAUAGCAGGUAAUCCAUCUCUAGGGGGGGUUACAAUGAAAGUGACCUUCACAACUGCUCCCAAGUCAGUAGCCAAGUGUGGCACAAAGCAUUGUGGGACGGCUCCGGGAAGGACUCGCUCGCCGCCACAGCGUGCAAAGAGCUCAGCGCACCGAUGUCACAACAACACAGACUCCAGAGCUUUGAUUUCUGAAAUCACUGAAAUAAAUAAAUAAAUAAAUAUAUAUA